GUCAGCGCUCCGGGCGGAAGUCGGGAGAUUCGGUGGUCCGAAGACGCUGGCUUGUGACACAGAGGGGGAGAAAGAAGGCCUGCUGGAAGGUUGCCUCUCCAUCCCUUCAGUCCCGGGCACCCUUGGAAAAAAGCCAACACCCGGCCCGCGGCAAGCCCCUUCCCCCAGGCUCUCUCCGCUCGAUUUCGCCACCGUUAUGUGGGAAGCGAAUCCGGAGAUGUUUCACAAAGCCGAAGAAUUCCUAUCCAAAACAGCAGGUGGUGAGAUGGACGAGAUGGACACAUCGGAUACCCAGUGGGGCUGGUUUUACUUGGCGGAAUGUGGAAAGUGGCACAUGUUUCAGCCGGAUACCAACAUUCAGUGUUCAGUUAGCAGUGAAGAUAUCGAACAAAGCUUCAAAACAAAUCCUUGUGGCUCCAUUUCUUUUACUACUUCCAAAUUCAGCUACAAGAUAGACUUUGCAGAAAUGAAGCAAGUGAAUCUUACUACUGGAAAACAGCGCUUAAUAAAAAGAGCCCCCUUUUCUAUCAGUGCUUUCAGUUAUAUCUGUGAAAAUGAGGCUAUCCCCAUGCCACCACAUUGGGAGAAUGUGAAUACUGACGUACCCUAUCAGCUUAUUCCUUUGCACAAUCAAACACAUGAAUAUAAUGAAGUCGCUAGUCUCUUUGGGAAAACAAUGGAUCGCAACAGAAUUAAAAGAAUUCAGAGAAUUCAGAACCUAGACUUGUGGGAGUUCUUCUGCAGGAAAAAGGCUCAACUAAAAAAAAAAAGCGGUGUGCCUCAGAUUAAUGAACAAAUGCUGUUUCAUGGUACCAGCAGUGAAUUUGUGGAAGCAAUUUGCAUUCAUAACUUUGAUUGGAGGAUAAACGGUAUACAUGGUGCGCUCUUUGGAAAAGGAACCUAUUUUGCUAGAGAUGCUGCUUACUCCAGUCGCUUCUGCAAAGAUGACAUAAAACAUGGAAACACAUUCCAAAUUCAUGGUGUAAGCCUGCAAAAUCGGCAUCUGUUUAGAACAUAUAAAUCGAUGUUUCUCGCUCGAGUGCUGAUUGGAGAUUAUAUAAAUGGAGACUCCAAAUACAUGCGACCUCCUUCCAAAGACGGUAGCUAUGUGAACUUAUAUGACAGCUGUGUGGACGACACCUGGAAUCCAAAGAUCUUUGUGGUGUUUGAUGCCAACCAGAUCUAUCCUGAGUACUUAAUAGACUUUCAUUGAUCCAACUUACAAAUCUCAGUGGUCAAGGAAGUUUAUUCUUUCUUGCAGGAAGACUUGCUCUCAUGUCAUCUAGCCACUAAUGUUAACUAUCUGACACUUUUCAAACAGACAUGAGAAAAAAAGUGGACUCCCUAUAAAAAGACAUACUGGCUUUAUGGUUGGUUUUACUGUUGUUUUGUUUCUGCUAGUUGUUCACUGUCUUGUUUGUUAAAGAUGGACACCAUUGCCAUUUUAACACCUUGCGGUGAAAGAUACCACUCAAAGCUGAUCAGCGGAGUCUCAGUUAGCAUGGUCAUUGAGAGUUAUCAGAGUUUCUGUGUGUGUUAUCGGGAUGAACGUUUUCAGGCGAGAUAGACUGAUUCCUACAUAUGUUCGGAAAAUAAGUUAUAGACAUAAGCUGGUUCCUUCAGAGGAACUGAACCUUUGUAAGUUGAAUUCUGAUGUUACUGUCCGCCAAUCUACAUGUUGCUUUGUUGGUCUUCUGAAACCUUGAAGCAGCCUGAGUAUUCUUGAGAGAAGUAGGAAAUAAGAAAAUUAUUUGCAGUCCUGCCAAACAAGCCAGAAGGAGAAAAUCAAGGUAGAGUGCCCUGCUUCUGUCUGCCCAGGACGCAGGCUGCAGUCUCAGAUUGCUCCUGUCACUCCGCUGUCUCCUGCAUCUGAACUGACAAGUGCCGCAGCUGUCGUUAGCCUGCAGUUCAUCCACCGAGGCUCUGGAAUUCUUGUAACUGAGACUUGCUGCACAAGGUGUUUAUUGCAGCUUUAAAGCAAAACUUUUAUUUACUGUUUAAAACACAUAUUUUCCCUUUGUUUUGGGGUUCUGACAGUGAUUACUUGUAAGGUAUUUUUAUCUGCUUCCCAACUACCACACACACACAGCUAUUCAACAGUGAUUUCUAAAAUUCACUUCCGAGUUGUAUUUCCCCAUUUUGAAUCAUUGGAUGCAAGGAACAAAUCUGGUUUAUUCCUUUCAGUAGCAAUUGACAAUCUGCUAACUCCCUUGAAAAGUUAGACAAAAUUUAUUAUCAUGUUUAAUGGAAGUUUGUUUCCCUGUUCUUUCUGUUUUGCUAUCCGAUUCUAGGAGAAGUAAUGUUGCAACAGCUUCCUGCCCUUAGAGGUAUUCUGGCAGACUUUUACAACCUUGAUUUUCAAUAGUUCUACCUGGAAGAAAGAAAAAAAAAAGAACACUUGUAUCAAUCAUUUUCAAGAAAACCUUCAAUCUAAUACUGAAUUGUCUUCAUUAUCCUCACCCAGUUUUAGCUGAGAGUUAGUGAACACAAUUUAACUUCUCAAGAAAAAUCCAGUAAAUGUUCAUGUCUGUGUUGUUCAGUUCAGCCAUUUGAGUUGGGAAGGCAUCUAAGCAUAAUAAAAAUGAAGAGUAUGGAGCAAGAUUAGGUUGGUAAUUCUUUACCUACUAUCUCCGCAUUUAUUAUAGCCCAGAACACUCGUAUUUGUGAGUCGAAAGUAAGUAGCACACAGGAAAUUGCGUGUACUGGUAUAAUACCAAUUAAAAGUAAAUGACAGCAAAGAUUUCCUGACUCAGAUAUGCGGACUAGCAGCCACUUUUGAUGAAGUGCUGUGAAUAUUUAGAAAGCAUAUAUUUUAGAAACAGUCAGAAAUCAUCAUGGAAAUAACUGAGAAAAAGUCUGCAGGCUGCCUUGGGAGUGGUAGUACACCAUUGCUCUAGCCCUGUUCACAAAGAACUUCCUUAGAGACAUUAGGAAUUUAGAUUUUUGAAAAUCUUUUGUGCUAUUUAUUUUUACACACCAAAAUGUUUACAUAGUCUGCAACAUGGCUGUCUUUUUUUUUUUUUCCUGAUUUAACAUGAUUUCCUCUCCCAUCACUUGACUGGAAUAACUAUUAUAAUGUCUGGGGGUUAUUUUUCAUUUAGACAUGUGCAGAUUUCAUCUCUGGGUGACUAAGAGCCCAGAGCUGAGAUGUGCAAGGCAAUCUGUGUGAACUUAAUUAGUUGGCUCAUCUGUAGGAAGCAGAGUGCACUGCAGUAGACAUUGUAAGAAAGAACUAUUUGAGAAUCUACUGUUAACUCUCCUUUUACAAGAAAGAGCCAAUUGAGAUCAUUUUUUUAAUGUGACAGCAUUGAGUUAAUUGACACUAAAAUUCAGUUUCUCUCUAUUGAUCAGUAGAUUGAGUUGAGAAUCAUGGUAUCAGUAUGUUAUACAUGCUGGUCUGGACCCAUCCACUUGUCACCUUUUCUUCUUGGCAUCACAUGGUAGGCGUGGGCGAGGGAAGAGAAGCCACUCCAGGUUAAAGAAUCAGUGAUUUAAAAUAUUCUACAUUGAAUGAAUCCCAGCUGAUAGUGACCUUUCUUUUUCACUUUGGUGAUAUCAGCCUCAGGGCAAAAAAAAAAUGUGUUUAUAAAGAAAGUUUCAUAAAUCUUGCUGUUAUGAACAGGAAGGUUUUUGUACUAGUGUGACUUUCAUCUCUCCACUGUGGUGACGAUGGUAAAGAAUUUGGAGCCAUUUUUGAUAUGUGAAAAUAUUGUUUUUACAUGUGGUGAUUAAAGCUCUCCAUCACAGG